AUGUUCGUGUUCAAGCGUGAUGGACGCAAGGAGCGUGUUCAGUUCGAUAAGAUCACAGCCCGUGUUUCUCGACUGUGUUAUGGACUCGACGCCGAACAUGUUGAUGCCGCAGCAAUCACCCAAAAAGUCAUCUCUGGUGUCUACCAAGGCGUAACCACAGUCGAACUCGACAACCUGGCCGCAGAGACUGCAGCAUAUAUGACCGUCACCCACCCCGACUAUGCCAUCCUUGCUGCACGUAUUGCAGUAUCCAACCUCCACAAGCAGACAAAAAAGCAGUUCUCGACUGUCAUUUCAGACCUAUACCACUACGUCAACCCACGAAACAAGAGAGCAUCCCCCAUGAUCAGCCAAGCCACAUACGAAUGUGUGAUGAAGCACGAGGCCGAGCUUAACUCUGCCAUUGUCUACGAUCGGGAUUUCAACUAUCAAUACUUCGGUUUCAAGACCCUUGAGAGAUCAUACCUCCUCCGCCUCGAUGGCAAGAUUGCCGAACGCCCACAACACAUGAUUAUGCGAGUGGCAGUUGGUAUUCACGGCGACGACAUUGAGAGUGCUAUUGAGACAUACAACCUGAUGUCCAGCAAAUACUUCACACACGCUUCUCCAACGCUCUUUGCCGCUGGUACCCCACAAGCACAACUCUCUUCAUGCUUUUUGAUCGACAUGAAGGAAGACAGCAUUGACGGCAUCUACGACACUCUCAAGACUUGUGCCAUGAUCUCCAAGAAUGCUGGAGGUAUCGGUCUCAAUGUACACAGAAUCCGUGCUACUGGUGCAUACAUUGCUGGUACCAACGGAAACUCCAACGGCAUUGUUCCUAUGCUCCGUGUUUUCAACAAUACUGCAAGAUAUGUCGACCAAGGUGGAAACAAGCGUCCUGGUGCUUUCGCCAUCUACCUCGAGCCAUGGCACGCAGAUGUUUUCGAGUUCCUUGAUCUCCGAAAGAACCACGGCAAGGAGGAGGUUCGCGCUCGCGAUCUUUUCUACGCCCUGUGGAUCCCCGAUCUCUUCAUGAAGCGUGUUGAGAAGAACGGCAUGUGGACAUUGAUGUGCCCCAACGAGUGCCCCGGUCUCGCCGAUGUCUACGGUGACGAGUUUGAGGCUCUGUACGAGAAGUACGAGGCAGAAGGCAAGGGUCGCAAGACUAUCAAGGCCCAGAAGCUGUGGUACUCUAUUCUUGAGGCCCAGACCGAGACUGGAAACCCCUUCAUGCUCUACAAGGAUGCCUGCAACCGAAAGAGCAACCAGAAGAACCUUGGAACCAUUCGCAGCUCCAACCUUUGCACAGAGAUCAUCGAGUACUGUGCACCUGAUGAAGUCGCUGUCUGCAAUUUGGCUUCUCUUGCUCUCCCAACUUAUGUCAACCAGACCGAUGGUAGCUAUGACUUCCACAAGCUCCACGAGGUCUGCCAGGUUGUUGUCAAGAACUUGAACAAGAUCAUCGACAUCAACUACUACCCCGUUCCCGAGGCUCGCAGGAGCAACUUCCGUCACAGACCCAUUGCCGUUGGUGUUCAAGGUCUUGCCGAUGUCUUCCUUGCUCUCCGUCUCCCAUUCGAGUCACCUGAGGCCAAGCACCUUAACAUCCAGAUCUUCGAGACCAUCUACCACGCUGCUCUCACUUCUUCUGUCGAGCUUGCCAAGCUCCAUGGCACCUACGAGACAUACGAAGGAUCUCCAGCAUCCCAAGGAGAGCUCCAAUAUGAUAUGUGGAAGGUUACACCAACUGAUCUCUGGGACUGGGAUUCUUUGAAGCAACAGAUCAAGCAACACGGCCUUCGCAACAGUCUGCUCGUGGCUCCUAUGCCAACUGCCAGCACGAGUCAAAUCCUGGGCUUCAACGAGUGCUUCGAGCCAUACACUUCCAAUAUCUACUCUCGUCGUGUGUUGGCUGGUGAAUUCCAAGUUGUCAACCCUUGGUUGUUGAAGGAUCUUGUCGAUAUGGGACUCUGGUCUGACAACAUGAAGAACCGCAUCAUUGCUGAUGGUGGUUCCAUUCAGAAUAUCCCCAACAUCCCUGCCGACAUCAAAGCUCUCUACAAGACUGUCUGGGAGAUCUCUCAGCGUACCAUCGUUCAAAUGGCAGCUGACCGUGGUGCAUACAUCGAUCAGUCUCAAUCCAUGAACAUUCACAUGAAGGAUCCAACCAUGGGCAAGAUCACCAGUAUGCACUUCGCUGGCUGGAAGUUGGGCUUGAAGACUGGCAUGUACUAUCUCCGUACAAUGGCAGCUUCAGCUCCUAUUCAGUUCACUGUCGAUCAAGAGGCUCUUCUCGUCGCCGACACCAACGUUGCACGCGAGCGCGUCACCAAGAAGCGACCUUCAACUGGAUUCAUCACACAAUCUCCUGGCCCUCAGCCAAUGUACCGAAAGACCUCCCCAAGCAGUGCCCCAAACGGGGUUCCGACGCCGACGGCAACUCCACCGCCGGCGUCUGAGAACAAGAAGUUUUCUCCUGCAGCUGUGAUCAAGACCCCAGCUUUCAAGGCUGAUGUUCCAGAGGGUGAUUCUCCAAAGGCUCUUGCCACUGAGCCGGCGGUUGCACCACCAAAGGAAGAGCAACUUCCUGAGCCUGCCAAUCCAGCCAAGAUCCAAGAAGAGGAUGUCAAGGGCGAGAGUGAUGAUAGAGAGCACGAUAUCUAUGCCGAGGCUGCUUUACAAUGCAGCAUUGACAACAAAGAGGAGUGUAUGAUGUGCAGUGGUUAG